AUGGAUGCUGGCGAAGAAGCGGAUGCUCGCGCCAAGGUUCGACACCUCGUAGCUCAGGCUCCUACCGCACGUCCCCCAGAAUUCGUGAACCCACUGGAGAAGAUCGAACAGCUACUCACCUGUCCAAUCUGUCUGGAUCGAUACAAACAACCGAAACUGCUGCCAUGCCAACAUACCUUCUGUUAUCCGUGUCUCGAAUCUUAUGCUGAUUCCCUGCAUCGAACACUUAAGUGUCCGGAAUGUCGAGCUGAACACACUAUUCCAUACGAUGGGGUAAAAGCCUUUCAGCCGAACUACACUUUGACGGGUUUCCUCGAGAUUCACCUGCAGGCAACACCCGACUCAGCUGCCGAAAUCGAGGACUACAUUCACAGGUACAAUCUUGAACGGUGCAAAAUUUGCGAUGAGAAGGCUGACUGUGAUGUUUGCGCCCACUGCGAACGGAAGGCCUGUAAGGAGUGCCGCCAAACUCAUAUGGAGAUGCUCAAAAGGGAUCUAGCAAGGUUACUCAAUCAGGUGCGCCGCUUGUCGAAUCGGAUUAUUGAGGCUUCAGAUGGCCUCUCUAAGGGGCUUGAACUGCUUACACUAAACUGUGAGACGACCAAGGACGAAGUUAGAGAAUAUUUUCACAGGCAUCAGCGUGACUUGAAGAAACGAGAAGAUGCCUUUAUAACUGAAAUCGAGACAUUUCAUGCAACAGAAAGUCGACUGAUGAGCAAUCUGAGAGAUGUUCUCGAGAUAGAAUCCUCGAACAUGAGCGAAGCCGUUGCGAGGCUCGAUGCCGCUAUUAAAGGCGAAUGUGCACUCGAGGACAGCGAGCUGGUUCGGCUGAAGAACACUUUUACUGAAGGAUUAGAUUAUCUAAGAAAUUUCCAACCGGAUGCAGAUGAACUGUUCAAUCGGAAGCUGCGGUUUUCGGCAGGUGAAGACGCGGCCAGAUUGCCACAAGCUAUCACAACGUGCGGUGAACUUUGCGUAUUAGUGCCACAAUUUGCCGGAAGGUACCUUCCCUUGGAGCAGUCGUAUUUGCCCCGUCCGUUCCGUCUGCCACUUGAGAGCGACCUGCAUCGCAAUCGUCACGAAGACGCACGUGCCAACGACCGCGAUCGGCCGACGUCACGACUCACAGUGCUCCAACAUUACUUUUGUAGUAUUCGAGAUCUGGAUGAAGGCUCGAUUCGGUAUCGUCGACGUCAGCAACUUGAAGAAGAAGCUUGGAACCGUCUUCGCGGUACUUCAGCAACAGUGGAGAGAAACAGUGGCGUAUCAUCGGGUGAUCGGGAAGGUUCUCAAGUUGGAAGAAGUCCAUGGUCAAAACCACCUGAAGGUUCAUCGCUCAAUGCCACUCCGGCACCUGAAAACUCUAAGGAGGUAUCCAGUGUUCGGCGAGAGGAGCGUAAUGAAGCAAGGAAGCCUGCACCACUGAAUCUUCCACGAGAAGAACGACCUACUCAAUCUCGAAUUGAUUCCAAUCUGAUUCCGAGAUCUCCUAAGCCACCACUAAGUCCUUCGCCGGUGAUUAGAAACACCGAAUUGGCAAAACAAGACACAGAGGAGUCUCGGGUCGUCACCCGAAAACCUCCGCUCCCCAGGCAAGCAUCGAGCAACGACGAGUCUCUUAACGAGAAGGUAGAGUUGAUAAGGAGGGCUUACGCCGAACGACAAGCUGCUUCUCGAGCAGCUUCCAGCGACGAAUCGGAAGCAGAAGAAGCUUCUCGUCCACGUCAACGUAUUCGGAUCGUUUGUCGCGCCGCCAGUACUACUCGUGAGGAAGAGCCGCCACUACUGACGACCGCCAUACCAAUUCCGGUGACGCAUUUCGCAGGUGAGCCGCCUGAGAUACCCGCAUGGCUCACAAGAAGACGCCAGAAAUUCCAGAGAUCUCGAACUAACCCCGACCUUGCUAACCAGUUCUGCUCACAACGCGUGCAGCAACUUCUUCAAGAGAGAAGUUCCCGUUUAGAUAGCUCGACUAGCACCGAAGAAGAACGACGUCUCCGACGCCAUAGCACUUCGCGAGAAACCAAUGAAUGGCGAUCACGCGGCUGUCCACGAAUGAUUUUCGGGCGGAAGGGAGCUAAGGAGGGCGAGCUGAACUGGCCUCGAGGAGUUUGUGUUCUCAGAGGUGGAACUUUAGCAGUGUGCGAUUCCAGUAACCAUCGAGUGUGUGUGUUUGAUCGUGAUGGCAAGUUCUUACGCCAAUUUGGUGGCUAUGGUACCAGUCGAGGUCAACUGGACUCAGCUGCCGGAAUUGCCGCUUUCAAGAAUAAGCUGAUCGUUUCCGACCGUUAUAAUCAUCGUGUUUGCAUUUUCGACAUGGAAGGUAACUAUCUCAAUUCAUUUGGAGGUCAUGGGCAAUCGAAUGGAAAGUUCAACAAUCCAUGGGGGGUGGCCGUUGACGAGUUAGGAACGAUCUACGUAGCUGAUAAGGACAAUCAUAGGGUGCAGAUGUUCGACAAGAACGGGCUCUUCGUAGGGAAGUUCGGUACAGAAGGGCAUGGACCAGGACAACUGCACAAUCCCUUAUUCAUCGCCGUAAACAAUGCUAAUCACCAAGUUUAUGUGUCCGAUUCUUCUAACCACAGAAUAUGCGUCUACGACGUUCAAGGAACGUACCUUCACUCCUUUGGCAGUGAGGGCUUUCAAGGUGGACAGUUCAAAUUUCCGCGUGGUGUAGCCGUCGACUCACAGGGAAAUAUUCUUGUCGCGGACUCAGGAAACAAUCGUAUCCAGGUGUUCUCGGCGGACGGUGACUUCAUAUGCACGUUCGGCUCAUGGGGCGGCGGUGCAGGCCAGCUGAAGGGCGUUGAGGCGUUGUGCGUCUUCGACGGCAGUGUCGUCGCUAGCGACCGCGAAAACCAUCGUAUUCAGAUUUUCUAA